UCUUUUCCGCUGCACGCCAACUGCUCGAUAAAUUGUCUCUUAAAAAAUUUGAAGCAUAUAUGUGUGUGUGGGUGAAUUGCGUAUCUGUUUUGCAAUCUUAACUAUCUAUGAAAUUAUGGAUACUGGAAACAACUUUCCUAUUUGCUCUGUUUGAUAAAACUGAAACUUGGAAACUGGAGCCUGAACCCCGUGCAGUGAAUUUGUUUUGCCCUUUUUUACUGACUAUGGAAGGGGAUUUUGUUUGUUUUAGUUUUGAGGGUGUUGAGUUAAUGCUGCAAGUUACAUUCUUUUUUAUUUUUUAUUUUUUUAAAGGAAUAGCAGAUAUAUCAACAAUAUUAUGGCUGCAAACAGGCCUCGGACUAGCAGUUUCUCUCGUAACAUUGCUGUUGCUCCCGUGCCCCAGAUUCCUGGACUUAAGCAUGGCCCAAAUGGCACAAUGUUUCUUUCAUCUGGCAUAUCUGAUCUCGACAGGGAUUGUUCACAAACAGUCGCUGCUUUAUGCCAGUCCUGAAAGGGAUCCCCGUAGUUUUCUUGGUACUUUGCCAAGUCUAAUGUCUUCCAAGGAUGACAAGUCUCGUGAGAGGGACACAGAACAGGACAAGGGUUUAAGAAUUGCUUGGCAAUAUAAGAAGUAUUUCGGUGAACAAAAUUCAGAGGUUCAGCUAGGUGGAAAAGCUGAAUAUUGCAAUGACUUUGACUUGCGGAAGCCAUUAGAGCGGCAUUUCCUUAGUGGACAACGCAUUGAUUGCAUUAGUCUUCAGGAUUUUCCCAAUCUAGACCCUCUACGUCAGUGUUGCUCAACUUUCUUAGCCCAAAUCCCAAGAUGUGAUGGUAACAUGACUUGCACAGGCAGAAUUGCCAUUCAGUCACUAUGUGCUCCUCAGUGCAAGUUUUCCAACAACGAGUGGGACAUCCUUUCUUUCAUCAGAUCUUUGAAAUGCAUGAUACGGUCCUCAAAUGCAGUUGCAGUCAUAUCUUUUCCUUCAUCUCUUAUUUCCCCAUCCUCCUUGAAGAGAUGGCAGCAUCUAGCAGACACAUUAAUCUCUGUUCGACCAAUUCCAGAUGAGGACAAGGACUUGGCAAAGCUUCUCACGGGUUACCAGGACAUGCUUGGUCUUCUCAAUGUGCACAAAGUGGCACAUAUUAAUACACAGGUUCCUGUAAUUCUUGAAGCGACCACGUUUUCAAUUAAACUCCACAAGCGACGAUCAUUAAUUCUAGAGUGUCUAAAUCAAGCCCCUGUUGAUGGUUCAAGUGGGGCUUCAUAUGGUUCUUCUGGUAAUUGCUCCGGGAGUUCCAAGACAGGGAACCUCGACUUUUAGUUGGCACCAGAUUGCUGUUAACUGCAAUCUUUCAGGAUUGUACUCAUAUUUACUUGAUCACAUCCAGUCAUGGUGAAGGUUUGGUUGACUUUUGACAGAUGCAUUAUCAUUCUCAUCUGAGAUUGAAGCAAAAAUGAGUUCGUGAGAGAAAAUGUGCAUUGUACUUUGUAAUGCAGUAAUCUGUUAUUUGUAUUGAGUCUGACAUACCCAAGAUGAAAUCAGAUUGAAUGUAACUAUAGAUCAAUAUGUAAUAGGUAUAGAGCUGGUUAGAGUUAUAGACUAAACAUAAUGAUCCUGGUUUUCACAUAAUCUAUUUUUCUGAAGAGCUUAUUGUGCACUUCUACUAUUUUAUACUGUCCAAGUGUUUCAUUGAACCUUGUACCGUAUAAUUUGUGACACAUGUUCUUUCA